AUCAACUGUGAAUUGAAUACGGUGCAUGCACGGCGGUGGUGACCGGUAACGAUCGACGACGACGUUGUUUUACUUCUAAUUUGCCAGAUAGCGACAUCAAACCUCUUUUAGAAGGAUUUUCUCAUUUCUAUCAAUCUUCGUCAAUAUGGCGGGUCAUUGCCAAGCCACAGAAGAUGAAUAUGAUGCUGUAAAAUGGAAAGCAAUCUCCCUUACUUUCGUCGAGUAUCCUGACGAUGAUAUCAUUGGGAAGUUCCUUGCCUACGUGAGCCUUGUUCCUCUUGUCAUUCUCGUUGGCUUUGUGACUCUACUUCUUUUCAGGAGAGAGCUUCAUACGAUCACAUUCUUUGGUGGUAUAGUAUUGAGUGAAGGAGUUAAUUGGAUUGCAAAAAACACCAUUCAAGAACCGAGACCAUGUAGAGGUAAUGAUACAUUACAUGGAGGUCUACGGACUGAGUAUGGAAUGCCAUCUAGUCACUCUCAACUCAUGUGGUUUUUUGCUACUUACACUGUGCUAUUUAUUUAUAUAAGACUGCAUCAGCCCAACAGUAAUCUAUUUAUUGAGCAGGUGUGGAGGCAUCUGGCAGCCAUUGGCGUUAUACUUGUUGCAUUACUAGUGUCAGGUAGCAGAGUGUACCUGAAGUAUCACACAGUGAGACAGGUUGUUUGUGGAGGACUACUAGGAAUCCUAUUGGCUGUGCCUUGGUUUAUUAUCACACAGGUGGUGUUAACACCGUUGUUUCCGUACCUGGUGUCCUGGCCUAUCUGUGAAUAUUUCCUGAUCCGAGACUCUACCCUCAUUCCCAACGUGCUCUGGUUUGAAUACACCACUGCCAGGACAGAAGCCAGGACUAGGCAGAGGAAACUGGGCAACAAGAUGUCAUGACGUCAGCAUUUGAUGUAAACCUGCCUCUCCCUUUCCCCUUUGCUGUCAGCGACUGACUUUAUUCUGCGAUUGAGCCCGAUGACCCAACCAAACAGUCCUAAGCACGCAAUGGCGAUAUCUCACAUUUUAAUCUUGUUGAUGAGAGAGCAGGCACUUCAUUGGUGUAUUUUAUAUGAGAAGUAUUUUUUAUCUGAGAGAAGAUAUUAUCAUAUAGUAUUAUGCAUUCUUUUGAUUGGUAUUACACAAGCACUUCUCAAUUCUAGAAGUUUAAGAGUUGAAUAUUGAAUGUUGAUUAUUUAAAAUUUUGAAGGAGUGAAUGAUCAGAAUUUCUCUAACCCCUAAUAAUCUUUUUGGUGAAAAGGUUGUAGGUUUGGCAAUGAUCAUAUUCACCCCCAUCAACAACCACAUGAAAGUACUUAAUUGGAUGCAUAUUGUGUGAGGAAAAAAAAAAUUGGGAGAUUUUAAAAAUCAUGAAAAGUAAUAUUGCUCACUCAUGCCAGUCAUUUUUUAGCUGAAGAGCUUUGAAUUUGCCUAAUUAAACUUUUGCAAACCAGAAUUCACAGGGUUAAGCAGCAUCUUAAGCAGCAUCAUUAGAAGAAGAAAAAUGAGAUGCCUUGGUUUUUAUGACGUGUAAAUGAAUGGUAACUGUGAGCAACAAAGGUCCUACACGUAUUCACUUUAUAGCUCUGUGUCAUUAGAUAGGAAAUGUGACGCGUAUUACACUUUACGUCAUCCCGAAAAUAUAAAUAAAUAUUGCAGUUUAUUGCUCCAUUAUUUAACAGGGUUUUAUUUAUUAAAUCUUCUUUCUUUUUCUUGGAAUUAGCGGUAUCAGUUUAUGGAGACUUGGGGACAGGGAAUAAUAAGUUUUCAGCAAAUUACAUACCAAUUUAUUUUGAAACUCCUAUUGAAAAGCAAGUACAGCUGGGUAGUCAAAUUUGAUUGAGAUUAAAUGAUAAUACUUUGCAUCCUAAGUGAAAAUUCAAGCAGAAAAUGCUUUGUAAAAUACAAAAAUAAGCAUUGAUAUAUUUUCUUGCAAUAAACACAAAAAUUGAAUACUACAGUAAAGCUUUUCAUCAAAUUGUAAUCAAAAUAGAAGUGGAGAAUCAGUAAAGGAAAUUGAGGGGGGGGGGGGA